GUUCCAGUGCCUGGAAUACGUCGUGUACGGCUUGGUCGGAGCUGUGCUACUGUUUGCCUUUCUGGCUUACUUAACAUGUGCCCUCUCUUCCGGAAGGAACGCAAAACGGUGCUUCGAAAGCAAUCACAAAACCGCUUGUGGGAGCUGUUUCAACAUGACGCUAAUAGUGUGCCUUGCGGCUGGAGUUCUUGUGUGGGCUGCAAUAGCCUGCAUCAUGAGCUAUCCUGUGAUAAGUGCCACUUUGUUACUUCAUCGUCAAGAAGGCCCGACACGAUUGCUUUUGGCUCCGCUAUCCAUCACCGAUUUGGACAAGAGCAGACGAUAUAUCCCGUUUCAUAAACCGAAAUUCCUCGAUGAACAAGGGUAUAGCCAGGUACAAAGGAAAAGGAGAGAAGAGCUCCCGAGGUCCUCAUCAUUUGUGCAACGCCCGUUAAAGAAAGCAGCUUAUGAAGAUAGCGGCGCAACCCUGUCAUGGCUGCCGGAAACAUUGCACAGUCAAAGCUCCUCUCCCACUUUCGACCUGAAUUCAUUAGAAACAAUAAAUGCAGUUCCCCUCCCAGAGAUACCCGAACCGCUAAGUUCCCCGACAGAUGAGGAAAAAGGGGCUUGGCGCCUAGCUGACUUGGAUACAAAUAUGUCGACAGGCGCAGUAGAUGAUGGCAUGCACAAACUACAGUCUCUUGAUCCCAGGAAGCUUGGACAAGAAGCCAAUCGUCUAAUUGGUGCUGCAGCAAAAUUCUUCAGGUGCGCCCCAAAUGCUGUCGACUUGUCCUAUUACGGUCUGUACGAUGAGAAGCGUCUACCAAUUUGUCUGUCAGGGAAUCGCGUCGAUGAAUUCACGAGAGAACUGGCAAUCUGCAGUGGGAUUGCGAUGGUCGGAAUUCUCAUGGUUAUCACUGGACACGUUCAAAUUGCGAUAUGUGCCACAAUAAACUAUACAAGAUUACAAAGGCAUCGGUACUACGAAUGUUCUGAUGUAGGCGAAGAGGGAGAAGCUCUACAUCAAUGAUCAAGAGCGAACAACCCAUUCUUUGAGGUAGCAAAGGAUGCCAAUUCCGGAAACCAGAUUCUCGAAAUUUGUUUUCACUCGGACAUCAGUGAAUAACAUUCAUCUGAACAGGCAAUGAAAGGACCGUGCUGUUCUUACUGUAUAUUCUCUGCCUCAUUGUCACUAAAUUUAACCCCAGUACCUUUUGGUUUCAACCCAAUUCCACUUUUAUUCCUCCCUCAAGCAUAAGUGUUGGUUUCCCAAUUUUUCAUUUCAUCAUGAGAUGCAAAUCAGCGAACACAGACAGACAGAUUACUAAUUAUGAUAUUUCGAUAAUUAUCAUCCAAUUAAAAUUAAAC